CACGGGAAUCCCGGUGGAAGUCCCGAACCCUCCGCCCUCCCCAUGCCGGCUCUCUCGCGCCGGGCGCUGCGGGCAGCCGGAAGCUCCGCACCGGAGCCCCAUCCCUGCCCGGACGGCCCAGGCGGGCAGCGGGGAAGAUGCGCUCCGUUCCGAAGCCCCUGCAGGUGCCGACGGGGCGGCAGCGGUUUGCCUUGCUCGGGCCCCGCUCGGACGUUUCCUCCCUCGGCCUUGGCGGGGACGCAGCUGGGCCGGCGGGAGGGCGGACCAGCGCUGGAGGAAACGGGGGCGCCUCGCCCGUCUCCCCGCCGGCACUAACAACGUCGCUCCUCCUGGCUGGACGCCCCGCGGCCGCCUUUGAAGUCGGAGGAGAGGCGCGAGGGGGGCGAGGCGGCGUCUGGGCUUCCUCCUCCUCCUCCCGCCGCUGCCGGCCUCCGCAGACAGACGGGCAGCCGCGGACAAGCCCGGCGCUGAAUCUCGCUGAGGCGGCUGGCGGGACGCCCUCCCCGAGGAUGAGGAGAAUCAAACGCAGCUGGGACCACCAAGUUCCUCAUGGCUGUUCCCACCUCAAGAGGGCUCUUGUGCUUGCGUUGUACAUGGUGAACGCUGCUCUGACAUUCUCACAGGAGAACGUGCCAGCUUCCAACAGCCUAGAAGAAAAAGCUGAUGUCACGGCCUACUGGUGGGGAGAGUGGACCAAGUGGGCCGCCUGCACUCGGACGUGUGGUGGAGGAAUCCGCUUCCAAGAAAGACACUGCCUGCAACAGAGAAGGAGGCUGGUGACAGGAUUUCUUAAUAAAACCUGCAAUGGGAUGUCCAAAAGAUACCAGCUGUGUGAAGUGCAGCAGUGUCCUCCAAGUGGAAGGAGCUUCCGGGAGGAGCAAUGCUCCUCCUUCAACUCCAGGGUUUACAACGGGCGCACCUUCCACUGGAAACCUUUGUAUCCAGAUGACUAUGUUCACAUCUCCAGCAAGCCCUGUGAUCUCCACUGCACCACCACCGACGGGCAGAGGCAGCUGAUGGUCUUGGCCCGGGAUGGCACCUCCUGCAAAUCCUCUUCAUUCCGAGGGGUGUGCGUGUCUGGAAAAUGUGAGCCCAUCGGAUGCGAUGGGGUUCUGUUCUCCCCCCACGCUCUGGAUAAAUGCGGGGUCUGCCGAGGGAACGGCAGCAGCUGCACUCACGUAACUGGGAGCUACCGGAAGGGAAAUGCUCCGCUUGGAUACUCUUUGGUGACUCACAUUCCUGCUGGAGCAACAGAUAUCCAGAUAGUGGAACGGAAGAAAUCUGCUGAUGUUUUGGCCAUUGCAGAUGAAGGUGGCUCUUACUUCUUCAAUGGGGAUUACAGAGUAGACAUCCCCCAAAACUUCAAUAUUGCAGGGACCGUCUUCAAAUACAGGAGACCCAUGGACAUUUUUGAGACCGGCAUAGAAUAUAUUGUCGCACAAGGGCCUACCAACCAGGGUUUAAACAUCAUGGUUUGGAACCAAAAUGGUAAAAACCCAUCAAUCACAUAUGAAUACAUCCUGCAGACAAGACCUUAUUUGAAAAAGCUGCCACCAAUUUACUACGGCUUCUCGGAAUCAGAUAGCGAAGAAAAAAUGGAGUUCGAAGGAGGAUUCCUUUGGGAGCUCGCUCAGCUCAACGCCAGCCUGCUGGCCACCCUCUCCCAGGAAAAGGGCCCCCUGGAGAAGCUGCUCUUUGGCUGGCAAGAGCGAGGGGACAAACUGAAGCUGAGCACGAUGCAGCAGACCAAUGAAGUUUACCCCAGGACCCCUCUUGAGUAUGGCCCUGCCCUCCCGAGCAAGCCCUCCACAGAAUCAAACACAACUAAAACCAAUUAUAAGGCGGAAGGAAAUAAUGGAAGCGAACUGGACUCCCUUCUCCCUUCCCAAGAGUUUCUUUCAGAAAAUGCAAUCAUCCACAGCUUUGGGGAUAAGAUAUCAGAUUCGAAAGAAUCCAUCUGGAACAAGACCCUGAACAGUAUUUUUAAUCCUGUGAACCCCAUCAACACCUUUGGGCCUGAAAUAGACCAUCUUUAUGUUGACUAUGAUGACAGUGAUGAGCUGCUGGCUUAUGAUGCUAAUGGCACUUUUAUGGAGUUGGCCCACGAGGAAGGCAGCAACACAUCUUCAGAGAUCCAGCUUUCCAAUGCUACUAUUUCUUCUGCCGGUGCCCAGGGGAACAGAACCCAGAAGACAAGGAACCGGCUGAAGCUCUUCCGGAAGGGCCAGAAUAUGAGCCCAGCCGACAUGUACCGGUGGAAGCUCUCCUCCCAUGAGCCCUGCAGUUCCACUUGCACCACAGGAGUGAUGUCCACCUAUGCCAUGUGCAUCCGCUACGAUGGCACGGAGGUGGAGGACCCUUUCUGUGAUGCAGCCACGCGGCCUGAGCCCAUCCAUGAGUUCUGUGCGGGGAGAGAAUGCCAACCCAGGUGGGAGACCAGCAGCUGGAGCGAGUGUUCCAGGACCUGCGGAGAAGGCCACCAGUUCCGGAUUGUCCGUUGCUGGAAGAUGCUCUCACCUGGCCUGGACAGCUCCGUCUACAGCAACCUGUGCGAAUCGGCGGACAUCGCUCGGCCAGAAGAGAGGAAAGUCUGCAAGAACCCAGCUUGUGGGCCACAGUGGGAAAUGUCUGAGUGGUCUGAGUGCACCGCCAGGUGUGGGGAGAGGAGUAUGGUGAGCCGAGACAUCCGCUGUUCCGAAGAAGAGAGGCUGUGCGACACCAGCACCAAGCCCGAGGCUGAUAAGAACUGCACCGGGCCGCCCUGUGACCGGCAGUGGACGGUCUCUGACUGGGGACCGUGCAGUGGGGGCUGCGGGCCAGGCCGAAUGAUCCGCCAGGUCUACUGCAAGAGCAGCGAUGGGCGCGUGGUGCCGGAGUCCCAGUGCAACCCCGAAGCCAAGCCCCUCGCCAUCCAUCCCUGUGGGGAGAAGAACUGCCCCGCCAGCUGGCUGGCCCAAGACUGGGAACGGUGCAACGCCACCUGCGGCCGAGGGUUGAAGAAGCGGACAGUCCUCUGCCUGGAGAUUGUCAGUGGGAAGAUCAAAACCCGACCCCCUGCCACGUGCGAUGCCACCAAGAAGGAGGCCGAGGAAGCCACCUGCUUUGAGCGCCCCUGCUUCAAGUGGUACACCACCCCUUGGUCUGAGUGCACAAAAACUUGUGGAAUUGGCGUGCGGAUGCGGGAUGUCAAGUGUUACCAAGGGAAGGAUCUUGUCCGUGGAUGUGACCCACUCCUGAAGCCAGUUGCGAAGCAGACCUGUGACCUUCACCCUUGCCCAACAGAGCCACCAGAUGACCUCCCUGACCUUGUGGCCCUCCCACAGACGACAGUUGCCAGGACCAGGCGGGGACCAACUGCGCUCUGGCGAUUAAGCCGCGAAGGGGACCCCCACUUGACCACCAACGUCACCUGCAGAAUUCUGGAUUUUUCUUUUAAUUCACUGAGCAAACCUUUCAUCUACCUGUACUUGACUCUCCUCCCGCAAGUGAUUUUGUCCGUGACCAUCUAGCUGCUCCUCCCCACUGUCCCUCACGUCUGUCUCCGCUGCAUCCGUUUAGAGUUUGCCAGGCUGGCUUUGUUUUCCUGUUACUAGCACGUCACCCAUUGCAGGACUGGGUUCAAGUCAGAAUGCCCCCCCACCUCCACCUUGGCUCUUUCCUUCCACCUCUCUGCCUUAAGAGUCUGUCUCAUGGUCCCCUCAAAGCUAGGUGGGGCUUUAAGUGAGAUACACCCCAAAUAAAAGAUAUGCUGGACCCUUCUCUCCAGUCCUGCAGUUAAUAAUUGCCCCACAUGUUGCAAUGAAGAAUAUUUGAGGACUCGCGUCCAUUUUGGUGGGAAUUGAUGGAAAUGACAUUUGCACCAGCUUUAGAUACUAAAAUGGCAAUCAAAUCACUAAAGGCAGAAGCUCCCUGUCAUUCCAGGCUUAGGCACUUUGUCUUUAUUCUCACUCAGUAGUAGAUAUAAAUUAAUGAAGGGCAGGUAGUAAGGUCCACUAAAUAUAACAUGUAAGUAGUGCACAUCUGGCAGAAAUGUUUUAUUUUGUAAUCAAACUCUUAAGUACAUAAUGCCAGCAUAUUGUAUAGGAUAAGGAAAACAUAGCUGCACUUUAUAACUCAAAAGGGCCCUGGACUGUUUUUUAACGUAUUUGUUUACAAAAUAAUAAAUUUUAUCCUUUUUA